UGUCUGUGUUGGGGAGAGGCGAUGAGCGGCACGCCGCUGCUGCUGUUCUGGAGGAUGCUGGUGUGCGUGAGCCUGCUGGUGCUGCUCCUCGGAGCAGGUGCUGCUCUGCAGAUUCAGUGUUAUCAGUGUGAGGAGGUGCGGCAGGACGACUGCUCCUCUCCUGAAUUCAUCGUUAACUGCACCGUUAAUGUGCAGGACAUGUGCCAGAAGGAGGUUCUCAUCAUGGAGGACGGGAUCCACUACAGGAAGUCGUGUGCGUCGUCGGGGGCGUGUCUGAUCGCGUCGUCGGGGUAUCAGCAGUUCUGUACGGGGAAGCUGAACUCCGUGUGUAUCACCUGCUGUAACACUCCGCUGUGUAACGGCCCGCGGACCAGGCGCCGGCCGGCGGGGUCCAGCGCUGCCCUCCUCCAUCACACUCACCCCUCCAUCACACUGUCCUCUGCACUGCUCUCUCUAUCCCUCUAUCUCUGCCCUUCUCUUCCGCUCCACACGGUGUGUUUCCGGUUCCGCGAAAUAAGCCCCGCCCCCUUUCCGGGGCGUGUAUUUAAAGGCUGGACCGUAAACAGUCGCGGACGGAGCGGAGUUUCAAUCACGUUUAAACCGCGUUCACCGCCUUCAUCGCCGCGGAGCUGCGACUGUCGGAGUGUGGCGAUCAUUAACCCGCUGACCGGGCCGGUUGACCCGCUGACCGGGCCGGUUAACCCGUUUACAGCCGCCGGAGAAACGCGGUAA